AUGUGUGCAACAGCUUUCGUCCUUCUAUCCUCUGUACAAGCGGCCCCCCAAGGAGGAUCUCAAGAUACUUCCCAAGAUACUUCCCAAGGUCAAGGAUCUCAAGAUGCUUCGCAAGAUGCUUCCCAUGGUCAUGGUCGUCUAACUCAAUUGGAAUCAGCAGGCAAAUUAAUCGGCCAAGCGUGGGGUGCAAUUAUGCCCGAUUCUGUAAAUCAAGCUGCUAUUGCGGGAGCAGCCGGAAUGUAG